UAACAACGGUCUAUGGGAGUCGUGAGGAUACAGUUUUAUAAUUUUUUGAAUGUUAUUUGUAUACUACCCAAUGGGGCGAGGAAAAAGAAUGAAACGUUGUCCCAUCUUACCCCACCCUACUAUAUAUAAUGCUGUUCUUGGUUCAGGUGCUGUAGGAGAUAUAGAUACCUGAUCACUUGACCAUGAAAAGUAAACUUGAAUAUGUUACAAGUCCUGAAGGAAUCGUCCGAGCCAUUAUCAUUGUGUGUGGAUGUAUUGCGUUUGCGCUGAUAGCCGACAGCGGGCAUGGGGACGUGGUGGACUGGGUGUUGGCGGCUUACAUUAUAGCUUGGUGUUGCUCAUUGCUGUCGUAUUUCUUCAUUGCGACAACGUUGGCGUCGAAAAUGGAGUGUGGGGUCUCAUAUGAGGCGGUCGAUUUUUGCAUCAGCGUUUUCUCAUUCUUCGACUGCCUUAUGGCCAGCAUUGUACUACCCAUGUACACUGGGUCAAGGCAAGACGAGAGGAUCGCCGCUUGUGUAUUUGGGUUUAUACUGACAAUCUUGUAUGCGGUAGAGAUUUAUCUAACGAAAGAAAAUGCACCCGAUAGCAUGAAUUACUUGCUGAAAAAGGAAGGCAUACUCAAGGCUUGCAUUUGUGUCCUUGGCUGCACAACUUUCGCUUUGCUGGACGCUGCAGGAUACGAAUGCUUUUCACCUUCGGAUGGCUGCGAUUCUGCAAGGAAAUGGUCUUUAGCUGCAUUCAUUAUUAGCUGGGGAAUUAGCGUUAUAUUUCUCUUAUUAAACCUCACAGGACUGGGCGCUAAAAUCGGUUCCAUGUUUAACACAGCUGACUUUAUAUGGUCGGCUUUCUCCUUUGUUAAUUACUUAAUCGCCGCCAUCGUACUGGCUUGUUAUCUUAAGUGCCCAAGCUUUGACCACUAUGCAUGCCAGGCGCGCUUGGCCUCUGAUAUAUUUGGAUUCAUUACUGCUAUAUUAUACGCUGUAGAAGCUUUCUUUUUAAAGAACGCUGAAAAUCCGACCGACGUUACUCCAAAAGAGUGAUAUCGUAGAUUGGAGUAGAAUAGACCAUGUUUUUAUUAUCUUUUAUGUCCCAUUUGGUAGUAAACAAAGAAUAGGUUCAGAAUUAUGUAAAACAGCUUUGUUAAUUGUUAAAAACACGAUCAGGAAAUAUGGGAUAAUAUGUGCUAACGGCAUCCCAUUUUACCCCACUGUACUUUUAUAGUUAUGUAACUUAUUUUUCUAUGUUUUUUAAGUUUGAUGUUCAGCACUGUUUCAUUUAUAAACA